AUACGUGUAUGUAAAUAUUGUGCAUAUUAGGAAUAGCCCUGCUUUACAGCAAUGCAAUCGAAAACUUAGAAAUAUGAUAGUUCCACCACUUACUCACAGAGGUCUUUAUGUGCACUUUUAUCGAUGACAUCGGUUCCUAGAAAACGCCACAACAAAUCUUAAAAUGAGCAAAGAAGACGCAGAAAAAAAGGAGCUACCAUUAAUUUUAAAUGGUACUUUCUUUUUACCGGACGGGAAGUGCAAACUGUGUUUGAACAAAACUAUCAAAUUUGAUGAAAAGUCAACCGGCAACUUGCAUAAACAUCUGAAGAGGGUUCACCCGAACAGUUAUUCUUCGUAUGAAGCUUUGAAAGCGAAAAAUUCAAAAAUAGAAGUGAAAAUUUCCGGUGAGGCAAAAGAUCGAAAAUCCUGCUUCAGUACUCUUAACUCAGUCCAGGUAAAUAAUGAAAUUUGUGACUACAUUGUAACGGAAAUGUUACCACUAUGUCACGUCGAACAAGCAAGCUUCAGAUCCCUUCUGUCAACAAUAUCAGGGCGAUCUAUUAAUAUACCGUGCCGGAAAACAAUCAAGACAAUUUUAGAGAAGCGCAGAGCCGAGUAUGAGCAAAAUUUGACGAAUAUUUUUAAAGAGGUGGCUUUUAUUUGUACGACAGCUGACAUCUGGAGCGCCAACAACAAAAGCUAUUUUGGUGUCACCGGACAUUAUAUUGAUUCUACAUUAGCUAGACGUUCACUUGUGCUCGCAUGUAAACGAGUUCGUUUUUCUCAUACCCAUGAACUAAUUGGAAAAACUUUGGCAGAUGUUCACUCUCAAUACGGCUUAAAAGAUUCUCAAAUAUCCGGCACUGUUACCGACAAUGCAUCAAACUUUUGUAAAGCAUUUAAAGUCUACAGCUUCGAUAAAUUUGCUGGGUCAAAUGCUAUAAAACCCGAAUUUUUAGAGGAGUCUGAAAUCGAUGCUGUAGAGAUUGACAUUUGUAAAGAUGAUGAAAUUAUUCUGCCAAAGCAGAUGCGCCUCUCACACGCUUAACUUAAUUGUCACAAAAGAUGCAGAAAAGGCAUUAGAGUCCAUCUCAUUCAAACGUUUGUAUCACUCGUCUCUUGCAAAAGCGAAGUCACUUUGGAAUAUUGUGAGCCGAUCAACAGUUGCAGCAGACGAAGUUGAAAGCAUUUGCCACCUUAAACUGAUAGCCCCUUGUGCGACCAGGUGGAACUCUUUUCAUGACAGCAUUAGCCGUAUUUUAGAAGUUAAGCAUCAUUUAAAAACUAUAUGUAUUACUUUAAAGAAGCCUUGUUUCAUGACAGCAUUAGCCGUAUUUUAGAAGUUAAGCAUCAUUUAAAAACUAUAUGUAUUACUUUAAAGAAGCCUUGUUUCACAGCCACAGAAAUAGAAUUUUUGCAGGAAAUGAA